AUGGGGAACUGGCCGCCGGCUGGGUCUAACCCAACUGCCAGAAAGACCGCCGGCCAGGAGCAGCCGGUGAGCCCCCUCCUCCCCCGGGGCCGCGGGCCUGGCCCGCUGCCUGUGUGGGAUCCCGGGCCGGGCUCUGCGCUCGGGCCCGUCGGCAGCCUCCCUCUCCCUCCCCCGGGGGAGCGCAGUGUCGCAGACGUUCCGAGCCGAGGCGGGGAGGAGAGAGAGGCGCUGUCCAGCCCCCGGCCGGUCCCCGCAGGACGCGCGCCGGCGACCUCCCCGCGCGCCGGCCGCCGGAAUUGGGGUCGCGGCCGGGGGCGCGCGGCCCGGGACGCAGCUGCGCGGGCAGCACGCCGAUUAGCGCGGCCGCGGCAGACGGCAGAUGGGCGCCCGCCCGGCCCCCUGCUUCCGCGGCACAAUGGGCCGGGCCGCUGGGGCUCACAAUGCGGCCGGGCCCGCGCACCUGCAGCCGGGCCGAGGGGCGCUGGCCGGGCCCGGGCCCCGCCGCUCGCGCCGCGUGUCCUUGGGCCGCGCCCGGCCGACCGCUACAGCGCGGCCUGCGGGGCUCCGCGGCGGGCCUGGGCGCCCGGCCUCCUAUUGUUCGCGGCUCCCGGCCGGAUCCGCGGGCCCGGCCUGCGGCGCCCAGCUCGGGGCGGCCUCCUUCCCCGGCCCCCGCGCGGCGCUCCCGGGCAGCGGGUCUGCGCGCCCCCGGCCCUCGCGGUCCCCUGGCUCCCCCGGCGCCCAUCGGCGCCCCUGGCCCUCCGGCCCCGCCGCGGGCCGGCGUCCCGGCCCCGGCCGGCGCGCACGCACCUGUCUGCCCCUUGCCCAGCGUCUUCUCCAGCCGGUAGGGCCCCACAUACUGCGGCGUGCUGCGCCCCGCCGCCGUCCUUCCCCGUCGAUGUCAUCGCUCCCGGGCCCGGCGCCGGCGAGGUGGGCGCCCCGGGCGGGCGCGCGGGCGGGCGGCGGCAGGGAGGGGCCGCGUCCGCGCGAGUCCGUCCGUCCGUCGGCUGGGCCGGGUCGGCGGCGCCCGGCGGGCCGCGCUCGCUCCGAGACCCCGCGCCUCCCCCGCGCCGCUGCCCCCCGCGCCUGCGCCCGCUCAGCUACGGCCGGCGCGCGCUGCCUCCGCCUCUGCGAGAGGACCGGGCGGGCGGGGGCACAAGGCUUCCGCCGCCGCCGCCGUCGCCACCGCCGAGGCCCGCGCCCCGCGCCCCGCGCCCCCUGCGCACGCCCGUCCGUCCGUCCGCGGCCGCGCAGCCGAGCCGAGCCGAGCCGAGCCGAGCCCGCACGAGCGCAGCCCGACGCAGCGGCGGCCGCGAGUGGCUCCCGAGCCGGCCAAUCAGAGGCGCCGACCAAUCAGCGGCCUCCCCUGCCGGCCCCGCCUCCGCCCCGUCCGCCAGGCCGAGGCCGGCGCUCCCGGGAGCUGGUCCCCGGGAGGCGAGCCCCCGGCCCCGCCCAGGGGGCGAGCUGCGGAUGCCCGGCGGCCCGCCUUUAAAGCGCAUCCCAGGAUCAGGCAGGCGGCAGGCUCUGGGGUGGACGGUCUGCGACCCCGGCUCCCGGCGCCGUCCCUGCUGGGCUCGACCACCAGGCUGGAAAGGCGUUACUGGCCCCUCCGCACCCCCCUCGCGGGGGCUGCGGCGCUGCGUGGCGCGUGGCCCAGCCGUGACCUUGCGCGCCCGGAGGCAGUGCCCGGGACACUGCGCUCCUCCACUCCGUUUUCCCGGGUACACGACGCCACCGGCGCCCGUGUGCCUGGAGCCUGCGAUCCGCAGCCAGAGAAACCGCUGCAAGCAGAAGCCCACUCACCGCAACGCGGAGGAGCCCCGCUCGCCCCAACCAGGGAAAGGCCCCCGCGGCAGCGAAGGCCCAGCCUACACAGAUAGAACACCAGUUUAA